GAACCAUCUUGCGCGACGUCCAAUUUUCCCGCGUGCUAACGAAGCGCUCGCAGGAAGCCGUUCCACGGAGAUAGCAGCGAAUGCAAAUGGCUGUCACGGCCGUGUGUGCGUGCUCGCCUAUCGUGUCCGCGUGUUCGACGUGCGAACGUAUCGCGAUAUCGUCGCGCGCGAUCGAUAUGUGAUGACCGGCGUCGACCGUCGGACAUCGAGCUGGUGCUGUUUGCGCGCCGCGCUGUAAACGUGUCUCAUCCGGCUGCGUCCGGCAUUACCGCCUUACGUACGCGUGCACGCGGGAAAUCCGUUCGUGACGGGUGAGAGACCGAAGGUGAGUGAGUGAGUGAAUGAGUGAGCGAGUAAAUGAGUGAGUGAGUGAAGGGGAGAGAAAGAGAGAGAGAGAAAGCGCUAUCAGCGAGGACACGCGCCCGCUCGGCCGCUCGCGCGCUUGCACGUGUGUGUGCGCGCGACCUCCGCAGCGGCAAACGACUCCCGCACUCCCGCCCGCCGCCGCCCGGUAGCCUCGUAUCCACUGUCGCGUGUGUCGAGACUGAACCCGCGACAUCGCGCGCGAUUCCGCCGCCCGCGUGUCAAAAACUGAGGAAGCUCCACGCCAGAUGGUCGCCGCGCUCGUCUCGACGGUAACCCGCCCGGUGAUCGCUGUACGUCAGCGAGCAGGUGUAUCUGCUUAACAAAGAUUAGGAUAGAAAUUUCGAUCGGUGAGCAAAAUGCCUGCGGUCAGCGUCUGCGAUCCUAUCGCAGCCAGGCUCCAUUGCGUUCUGAACAGCAGUCCGUCCAAGACCACGGACGAUCUGUCGCUCGAGCUUGUGAGCAAUGCCUCACGGAUCAUGCAGACGGAAAUCCGUUAUGAAGAAUUAAAGGAUUUCCAGGCGACGAGUCAGGUGCAAGCUAACUGCAACAUUUUCCUCAACUUGUCCUCUUCUGAGAAUUUAGAAGGAAACAAAGCAAAGGAUGGUGUAGGCUUCAAGAAGAAGAAUGAUGCGAGCAAAGGACCAGUUUUGCCAGAACCGGCUGUCACUCUGUACUCUCCCAAGAAUGUUCAUCUCGGGUGGAAAGGCACCUGUCCAAUUGGAGCUGGCAUGUACAAUGUCGGGAAUACCUGUUACCUAAACAGCACUCUCCAGGCAUUGUUUCAUGUUCCGGCUCUCGUCAAUUGGUUGCUGUCUGACACACAUCAUAAUUCCAAGUGUGAACAAAACAUUUUAGAUGGCGGUGGGGAAUGCCUUACGUGUGCAAUGGCCAAGACUCUACAGUUCAGCCAUCAGAAGUCUGGUGGUGCGAUCAAGCCGUUUUACAUAUAUAAUAAGCUAAAGCUCAUAUGCCGAACUAUGGUGCCUGGACAACAAGAAGAUGCUCACGAAUUUUUACGCUAUUUAUUGGAGGGAAUGGAACGCGCGUAUCUGACUAGGCAUAAAGCGACUAAAUUGGAUAGCUACUCUAAGGAAACAACUCCUAUUAAUCAAAUAUUUGGUGGCUAUAUACGUACUGAAGUAAAGUGCCUGCAAUGUCAACACGUAUCUACCACGUUUCAACACUUUCAAGACUUACUUGUGGAUAUACGAAAGGCAAAUACUCUGGAUGAAGCAUUAAAUAGUUACUUCAGUAGAGAACAAUUGGAUAACAAUGACUAUAAAUGUGAAGCCUGUAAAAGAAGAGUUCCUGCCACCAAACAAUUCACGUUGGAACGCCCGCCAAAAGUGUUGUGUGUACAGUUGAAACGAUUUAGCUUUUUAGGGGGAAAAAUAUCUAGACACAUUGGUUUUAAACAGACUAUAGAUAUGGGCCAAUAUUUGUGGAGAGAACCAUGCGAAUCUCCUAAACAGCUAACUUAUAAACUCAUGUCGAUGGUGACGCACAUGGGUCCCUCUGUAAAUUGCGGCCACUAUACGGCGGUUGCGCAAGUGUCGAGCGGUCAAUAUUAUUCCUUCGACGACUCUUGCGUUCGUCCAAUAAGCCUUAAUAAUGUAUUAAGUACAAACGCGUACAUAAUGAUUUUCGAGAUGGAGAACUAUAGCCAAAAUCAACAGAACGCGAAAAUGAAUGGCAUAGCAUCCGCGAAGAAUGUGCCGAAUUCGCUAUCGAAUUCUACGAAUAAGUCUCUCAUAUCCAAAGCCUCAACGUCAGGUGGAUGCUCUACGAAUGGAUCGUCAAGUGGAUUGUCAAAUGACCUCGGUAAUUCGAGUAAACCGACGUUAAUUGGUCCGCAACUCCCGCCACAAAGAAAUAUAGAAUUGAAUCUUCCUGUACAAAAAUCUAAUGACACUGUUAGUACACAAUUAUCACAGAAAAUGCAAGAUAAGACGCAGCCAAGACUAGUUGUACACAUUAAAAACGGAAAAGUUCUAAAUGGAAACAGUUUGGUGCCCUACGAUGGUUCCAGUGAGGAAGAGGAUAAUUAUUCUCCUGGAACAGGGACUUUGAAAAAUCAAACGUCGAAUACCACAUCUCGAAUUAAUGUUACGAACGGUGUGCCAAAAUGCCUCGCGAAAGAUGUAGCAAAAACAACCUCCAAUUUUAAAGAAUCACCGAAAAUUAAUUCCAAGAGUAAUACCAACGGCGUAUCGACAACGAUGAAAGUUACGAUUGUAGACUGUACAAAAACGCAAAAUGGAUCUAACAGUAACGGUCGAAUAAGUACAUUGAAACAUCAAAAUGGGAAAAUAGAAACAAAUGGUCAAUCGGAGCAGCGCGAUAAGGAUAAGUGGCGCCAAACCAGCAAAAUUAAAAAUGGACAGGAAGAGACUGUAUCUACGAAGGCUGCAACCAACAACUUUAGAAGCUGGACAAUCAUGGAUGGUUCCAAUCACAGUGGAUCAACCAACGAAUGGUUGUGCGCUGAUAAUAGGGAGGAUACUAAAGCAAGUCAAAGUGGUCAUACGACACCGAGUGCUGCGGCUGUGCGCGAUUUUAACGGUACCAAUCGCUCGGAUCACACUCUUUCAUAUUUAAUGAAAAUGUCUCAUCGUGGAUAUGGCAGUUCCUCUGUAACGAGUUGGAAUGGCAAUAGAACGCAACUUGAUCACGAUGUCGAUAAUGAUAGGAGAGAGGAGCGUAAACGUCAUUUUAAUGCAGACGACGACGAGAUAGAUAAAGGUCGGACAAAGAAGGUCAAGAAUCACACAAAUCGUCGGUCAUACGAAGAGAGGUCUAGUACAAGUUACAAUUCAUUCCAAGAGUACCAAAAUAAAACGUGGAAUCGAUCACUUAACGGUUAUCACCAUCAUCACCAUCAUCAUCAUCAUAAUAAUCACAAUCACCGAAGAUAUUAUAAUACCUCUUACGCGCGAUCACGGCACGGGAACAAUUAUAGACCGCCACAUUAUAGAUAUCAUUCUCAUAGAUAUCCAUAGAUAUCGCUAACGUGCUCACUCUUGCUGUUGAUAGCGUGAGCGACGAUGGCAGAAGUGAACAGAGAAAGAUUUUAGGAUAUCGACAAUUUGAAGAGCAACCCAUUUUAAUAGACUGUGUGAUUCAAGCACUGAUUGAUUUUCAUUUGUAAAAUAAUAAUCAUUUUUCGAUAUGAAAGUGAAUUUAGAAGUAAACUGUUGGAUUUUGACAGUUAAUACAUUCAUUCAAAUCUCAUGAUGAUUCAUUUAUGGUGAUUCAUUCAAGAAACAUAAUACAUGUUCCUGAUAAACUUGUGGCGUUUUUUACCUCUGUUGCAUAAGUUUGGUACACAUGUAUAUUGUACGAAUCGAUCCAUGGGGGAUGAGUAUCAAUUGUACCAUUUUGUGUUCAGUGUGGAUUACUGUAGAAAAUUUUUUCUGAUCAUGAUAUACAAACAGCUAACUGUAGUUUUAAGACAUAUUCACCAUUAAAUUCUCAUGAAAUCUUUGCAAAACAAGUUUAUAUGCUGAUAAAUAUAAAAAUUAAAUUAAUAUAAA